AUUUUUUUGAUUUUCAAUAAUUUUGUUUCUCAGAUUUGGUUAUUAUUAUUAUUAUCAGUUAGCAACAAAAACAAGAUCUCAUUAUCAAUCAUGAGUGAUUGCAUAACAUUUGCCAAGAUUUGGAUUAUUAUUAUUAUUUUAUAUAUAUCUAAUAAUUUAUUUAUAUUAUUAGCAAUGAAAUUAGAAUAUCGUAUACAAAAUGGUUAUCCAGUAAAUCUUGGUGAAUUUCCAAUGAUUGUAUUAUUACUUGGUAAUACACAUUUAUGUACUGGAACAAUUAUAGCACCUGAUAAAAUUUUAACAGCUGGACAUUGUGCAUGUGGUGAUCCAACAUAUGAAGUUUAUGCCAAUUUAACCCAUAUUACUGAACGAUUUUCACCUCAUACACAACAUCGUUUCGGUACACAUUUUAUUUAUCCUACAACCUAUAAAAAUCAAUGUCAUCAACUUAAUAAUGGAUCAAUUAGUAACCAUGAUAAAUUAGGUGGUUCACCUGAUAUAUCAAUUUUAAUGUUAAAUCAAAAAUUUCAUCUUUCAAAAGGAUGGAUAGAAAUUGGUUUAUUAAAUUUUAAUUAUUCUAUAAAUGAUACACAAGAAAAAGAAAAAAAGAAAAAAGAUUUUUUUGUAUUAGGUUUUGGUGAAGAUAAAUCAAUUGAAAAUUCAAUGGGUCAAUUACGUUUAGGUAUAAUAAAAUUGGAUGAAUGUCCAAAAAAUAUUAAAAUACCAACUGAUGGAGCACUUUGUUCUAAUAUUAAUGGUAAUCAUCAAGGACCAGAUGUUGGAGAUAGUGGAGGUCCUAUUUUUGAUAUAAAUGGACGUGUUGUUGGUAUUACAUCAAUAGCUGGAAAUGGUUGGUAUGUAUUUUCAAGUGUUACUACACACAGAACGUUUAUUCAACAACAGUUAUAUAAUGAUACUAUUAAUUUGACUGGUGGUAAUACUACUACUACUACUACUACUACUACUACUACUACUACUAAUAAUAAUAAUAAUAAUAAUAAUAAUAAUAAUAAUAAUAAUAAUAAUAAUAAUAAUAUGGAUACAAUGAAUAAUUCCAAUUCAACAGAUAUUUCUUAAUUUUAUUAUCCUUCUAAAGUGUUGACAUUUUCUUUUAUUAAAAAGAUAUUUUCGAUUAUGUGAAGUAGGUAAAUAAUUCACUAUGAUAUAAAUACAAUACUUACUUAUUUACUUAUGCCUGUUAACCCUCGUAGAGGAGCAUAGGCCGCCCACCAGGAUUUCUCAUCGAACUCUGUCCUUGGUAUUCCUUUCCACUUCUUUCCAGUCGCUAUUCAUUCUCUUGACGUCUAAUUUCAUUUUUCUGUUCAAUGUGUUCCUUUGUUUUCCUCUUUUUUCCCCUUAAGGAUUCUGAGUUAGAGGUUACCUAGUGAUACAGUUUGGUGAUUUCCACAAUAUAUGGGCUAUACACCUGAAAGGUCUUUUCUUAAUCCCCUCGCCAGCUGAGAGCUUCUAUUAUUUUCAUUUUAAUAUCUAUUUGUUAAUCCUUCACUAUUAAGGUUUAAACAAUGAGAGCAUCGGAAUUUCGAGAACUUGAGGUUUUUUAUGGGCUGAAUUCGUUACAGGUCUAUUAUAGGUGGGGUACUACAUAGCCUUUUUGUUCUUGUGUGGGAUUCCUCGGCAGUGAGCACACAAUAGCCUGUCACUGCAGAUCGAAAAUAGGAAAUUGAAUUCUUGAGGUGAGUCCUUAACCUCUAGAAUCCUGAAAAGUCUCAUAUUAAGACAAAACAAAUGUCCAGUACUGAUGGUUUUCAAGUGGUCGAACGCUUCGGAUUCAAUGGGGCUGGUCUAUUC